AUGGUGGCGAAAUACUACACUCAAGCGGAGGGCAAACAUGUACGGCCGAUGAUUGUACUAUUGAUGUCUCGAGCUACGGCCCUGACUCCCAAGUCUCCCCGGUAUAAUGCCCAGCAGCAAACGACGGAUAUUGACGAUUCCAUUUCACCAAUGUCCAUUUUGGCGGAUGUCAAUCCCACCGAGCCCUCCUCGAACCCUCUCACGCAUUCACAAACCUCAUACCCUGCGACAGACAGCGAUAUCCUGCCAACUCAACGACGGCUCGCAGAGAUUACAGAGCUGAUCCACACAGCUUCACUACUUCACGACGAUGUGAUUGACCAUUCAGUGGCCCGGCGCGGAGCACCCUCCGCAAACCUCGAAUUUGGAAACAAGAUGGCAGUUCUUGCGGGGGAUUUUCUCUUGGGCCGGGCCUCCGUGGCACUAGCCAGGUUACGAGAUGCAGAGGUCACGGAGCUUCUUGCAACAGUCAUUGCAAAUUUGGUGGAGGGAGAAUUCAUGCAAUUGAAGAACACGGCUCGAGACGAGAAGAACCCAGUCUGGACCGAGGAUACCGUCACAUACUACCUGCAGAAGACAUAUCUCAAAUCUGCAAGCCUGAUCUCCAAAUCUUGCAGGGCGGCCGCGCUUCUGGGGGGGUCAGAUACUCAGACGGCGGAUGCGGCGUACGCCUACGGAAAGAACCUAGGCCUCGCAUUUCAAUUGGUGGACGACAUGUUGGAUUAUACGAUCAGUGAGAAGGAGUUAGGAAAGCCAGCAGGUGCUGAUCUAGAACUUGGAUUAGCCACUGCCCCGUUGUUGUUUGCGUGGAAGAAUAACGCAGAGCUCGGGUCGCUAGUAGGGAGGAAGUUUGCCCACGAGGGCGAUGUGACUAGGGCACGAGAAUUGGUUCUCCAAAGCAACGGACUCGAUCAAACACGAGCUCUGGCCGAGGAAUACGCAAAUCGAGCCAUCGCAGCCAUUUCCGCCUUCCCCGAUAGCGAGGCCAAGGAGGGCUUGGUAGAGAUGGCGAUCAAGACCCUGAAGCGGAGGAAGUGA